UACUAUUCCUUUGUCUCACACCUCAGUUUACUGUCUCUUUUAUGCAUUUCUUCUACUUUCUUCUUUUGCUUUGUGUGCUAAAUGGAGUGUGGCGACUUGAACUGCCGCACAUAUGUGCAAAGUUCUAUGUCAAAGGCAGACAGAGUGUCUUUAACUACGAAGAUAUUGAAUACUGUCUGAUGCUACGCUUCCAUUAAGUGUAUCAGAUUCAUUGGAUCUUGAAAUAAGUAACGAGCCUACAACUGUCGGAGCAAAUGAAGUUACUGAGACUACCGUUCGUCGACUUACCGUACUUCUUGAGAAACGUGCUCUAACCAAUCAAGAAGCACGAACUAAAUUUCCUGAUCAGCCAAAGCGUUUUAUGCAGUCGGAAGUGGAACUUCAGGAAACACUUGAAGAAAUGCAGAUUCUUGCAGCAAAUCCCGAAUUAUAUCCAAUCUUAGCAGAACAAACACGUCCUGUAUCUUUAUUACUGGGAUUAUUAUCCCAUGAAAAUACAGAUAUAAGUUUGUCAGUCAUUGAUCUACUCCAUGAAUUACUUGAACCAACUUGUUUAAAAGAAGCUGGUCUGGGUAAAGUGAAUACAUUUUUAGAAGUUUUAUUCUCUGGACAACUGAUUCAAUCCCUUACACAAAAUAUUACACGUUUAGAUGAGACAAAAAAAGAUGAAGCUGAGGGUGUACACAAAACCCUCGGAAUUAUUGAAAGUUUACUAGAAAUUCGUCCAGAUAUGAAUGUUAUUAUGGCAAAUCAAGGUCUGUUUGCUUGGCUUCUUCGACGUUUACAAAGACGUCCUAUAUUUGAUAAGAAUAAAUUGUAUGUCAGUGAAUUACUCUCUAUACUUCUUCAAAUGGAUGAAGCUAAUCGUCGUCAACUUGGUGAAGUUGAUGGAAUUGAUAUCCUCCUGCAACAAUUAUCUGUUUAUAAACGACAUGAUCCUAAUAGUCGUGAAGAAAUUGAAUUAAUGCACAAUCUGUUUGACUGCCUAUGUAGUUCAUUAAUGUUAACUGAAAAUAAAGAUAGAUUUUUAAAAGGUGAAGGUAUACAACUAAUGAAUCUAAUGCUUCGGUAA